ACCUCACUGGUGCUAAGGGUAUCUGCUCAGUCUUAUGCAACUUAAAAAAAAAAAAAAAAAAGAAAGAAAGAAAACCAAACCAAAAAAAAAAAAAAGAAAAAGGCAAAAACCCACACGAAAAGAACCAGCCGACUAGAGAAGACUUUCUGCAGCCGAAAUGACACCUCCUCCUCCCCGGCACCAGCCAUGCAGCCCUGCUCCAGGCCGCGGCCCCCGCAGAGCCAGCGGGUAGCCCCCCGGGCGCGCGCCGGGCGGGACCCCCGGGCCGGGCGGAGGAGCCCGAGGCGCGGGGAGCGCGGCGGCCCCGCGGGGAUCCGCGCCUCGAGGAGCGCGGGAGGUCAGCCCGCAAGUUGGAUGGAUUGAGUCAUGUAGAGUUAAACUAACCCCUCCCACAGCCAUGGACCACUACAGCGCCCAUUUUCAUGAGCACCUCUCCCUAAGGCAGCGCAGAGCCGGCGGAGGCUGAGGGAGGAAGAGGAGGGGGAGAGGGAGGAGGGAGCCCGCACCGGCACGGAUGGACGAGCCAAAGGUCACAGGUACCAAACCAAAGAUGUCCUGGACAAGAAAGAUUCUACUCAUCCUGGGACUCCUCUCUGCUUUGGCUGUAAUUGCUUUAAUUGCUGUAGCAGUGACCCAAAACAAGCCACUUCCGAAGAACAUUAAGUAUGGGAUCGUGCUGGAUGCGGGGUCAUCCCACACUAACCUGUAUGUAUACGAGUGGCCAGCAGAGAAGGAAAACGACACUGGGGUGGUACAGCAGGUGGAGGUGUGUAAAGUCGAAGGCCCUGGGAUCUCAGGUUACUCCCAUGCCACGGAGAAGGCCGGUCCCUCUCUGGCACAGUGCCUACGGCAAGCAGAAGAGGUGAUUCCCUCAAAGCAGCACCAAGAGACACCUGUCUACCUCGGAGCAACUGCCGGCAUGCGGCUUCUCAGCUUGGAGAAUGAAAGUGCAGCUGACAAAGUCUUGUCCUCAGUAGAGAAGACGCUACGCUCAGCUCCCUUCAACUUCCAGGGUGCCAGAAUCAUCAGUGGUCAGGAAGAAGGAGCCUAUGGAUGGAUCACCAUUAACUACCUGCUGGGCAAUUUCAAGCAGUCUGGCUGGACAAAACUUCUACAUUCCCUGAAAUCCGUAAGUGAGACAUCAGGAGCACUAGACCUCGGAGGAGCCUCAACGCAGAUUACUUUUGUACCAAAUGAACUGUCUUCUGAGUCCCCAAAGAACCUGCUCAACUUUCGUCUCUAUGGCAAGGAUUACCUAGUGUACACGCACAGCUUUCUCUGCUACGGGAAGGACCAGGCUCUGCAACAGAAACUGGCCAGGGACCUACAGACCGUGGAGAACAGCAGCCUGCUUGAUCCGUGCUUUCACCAGGGGUAUCAGAGAACUGUAAAUAUAAGUGACCUCUUCAAAAACCCUUGUACAUCAGCCAAGAAAAAGCAAUUCCCUUUCAGCCAGUUGUACAUACAGGGAGAGGGGAAUUAUCAAAAGUGCCGAAGAAACAUCCAGAAACUCUUUAACAAAACCAGUUGUCCUUACUCCAGCUGCUCCUUCAAUGGGAUAUACCUACCUCCAUUACAAGGGGAUUUUGGGGCUUUUUCUGCAUUCUACUUUGUGAUGAACUUCUUGAACCUGACCAGCGAACAAAGCCCCAUUGCCCUGGACAAAGUGACCAGCACCAUUGAGAGCUUCUGUGCCCGGCCUUGGCAUGAGGUGAAGGCAGCGUACCGCCAAAUAAAAGAGAAGUACCUGAGUGAGUAUUGCUUCUCUGGAGCCUACAUCCUCUCUCUCCUGGAAAAUGGCUAUGAAUUCACGCAAGAGAACUGGCAAAGGAUCCACUUCCUUGGAAAGAUCGGCAGCAGCGAUGCAGGCUGGACCCUGGGCUAUAUGCUGAACCUGACCAACAUGAUCCCCGCAGAGGAGCCCGCUGUGCCCCCUCUUUCCCAUGGCAGCUACGUGGGGCUGAUGGUGCUGUGCUCCCUCGUGCUGGUGUCUGUGCUCUUGUUCGCCUGGCUUCUUUUCCACAAGCCCAAGUGCCUGCAGAAGGGGAUUGUUUAGGAAGAGCCUUGUGGGGAGAUGGGCCAAGUCCCCCUGGCCGCUCAGGGCUAGGAGACCCCAGCAGAGCAGGCUGAACUGCAGAGACCUUCUCGCCUCUCACUGAAGCUACUGACUGUGUACAACAAGGGCAUUUAUUUCUUCUGACUCACACUUGCACUGACAGACAUUGGGACAUCAGGCUCGCCACCUCUCUCUGACAAGGACAGACAAGCGGGUGUCCCCUCCUUGAAUGGGUCAUAUACUCAUUCAAUGAAACUUUGCUGCUUGUUGUUUUUUGCCUUGUGCACAGCAUUAUAGAGAGAAAAGCGGCAGCAAUCUUUGGGAGCCAGUGCUCCUGCAAGGGUAAUCUCAGGGUCACACAUCCCACUGAGCUCUUGGGAGCGAUCACAGACAGGAUGAUCCUGCUCCUCCUCUACUGAAGUCGGUCCCGAGAGCCCUUCCUGCACCAGCACACCUCUGCUCGCCUGCCCGCACCCUGAGCCCUCACAACCCUACAGCUGGGUAUGGCCAUCUGCACCCAGCUGGGCCCCAGACACUGGCCGGGCUCCCAAAUGCCACUCUGGGAAUAGAAGGGAUGAGGAUGAAGAAACCGAGUGUGCUGGUGGUUGUCAGCCCUUAGCUGGGCUCUGGUGGCUGUCUGCUCAUUUUGCAGGUGGCAAGAAGCCUCUUUCCCAUGUCUUCCUGAUGUUGUUGCUGGACCAAAGCUGGCUCACUGUUACACUGAGCCAUUCCCAUGUCCCUAGGGUACAUCAAGACACGAGUUCCUGGCCAGCCAUUGCUGACUUUACAGGGACUCUGGUGUGAUCAGCGUGCCUACAGGUAUACACCUACUAAAGCAAUCCAGAGUCACUAUGCUGAUCAUACAGCAGCCUCCAAUCGAGGGAAAAUGUUUAUUAGGUCGUGUUCCUUUAUAGACAGCUGGCAGCAGUUAACCAUCAUGAGCAUGCACAGAUUGAACCACUCUUUCUGCCAGCAAAAUCAGUGAAAAUUUGCCUUCCCUUAUGGCUUAGGUUUAUCCGUGACCGUAAGACCCAGAGCUUAGUGAAUGUACACACUGCAGCCCAUGUUAUAGUACACAACGAGGGCAAUGCCACUGAUCAGGUUUAUAAAUCACUUUCUUCCAUUAUCCAUUCCUUGGUCAGAAAAAAAAAAAAAAAUAAGGAAAGAAAAAAAAAAAAAGAAAAAAAGGAGAGGUAAGUCAGAAAUCCAUUUUUAUAAAAACACUUGGAAACCACUGGUGCCUGUCUACCUCCCGUGAAAUCUUGGAAAUCUGUUAUCAUCACCUGUAAGUGCUGGAGGCCAGAAGAAAGCAGAUAUUGUGGAGAGAAAGGCAUGACAAGUACCCACCUUCACCUGUUUCCCAAAGCAGAGCUGUAGAAGGCAUGAAGGAGAUCAGGAUGUGCAACCCCAGUAAAGUCUUCUCCUUUAGGCAAGCACACAGAGCUCGGGGUUUUCAUGGUCUCCCAGCCUGUCCCUCUGCACAGUGCAGGCUGGAAAAUGUCCCCCAGUUAUUUCUACUUCAUGCUUGGAAGUAGGAGCCGUAACAUAUUGAAGGACCUAAAGGUAAGGGAAAAAUCUACUCUGUCUUGUGGUAAGACCUUUGGGCAGCUCAUUGUUCUUCCAAAAAUCUGUGUCCUAUUUUUUCUCUGAAUUAGCUGGCUUCAGCUUCUGUUGGAUCUUGUUCUGCCCGUUUCAGAAAGACUGAGUAACUCUCUGCUGUCAAAAUCCCUUUUUCCUUGUGGUGCUUGCAAGUCAUCGUUUUAUCUUAUUAAAUAGAUUGAACUUUA